AAUCUGACCCAAUUGUAUAUGUAGUUUCGUAUAGGCCACACUAGUUACAUGAAUUCAUUAUCCUACCCCAUAAAUAAAGGGAAUUUUUUUUACCAUUGAUGUGCGACAUCGCCGUCGCCGAUCUAUCACCCUGAUCGCCUGCGUUGCGCCAAUCACUGUGAAAUAUGGCGACAACUUCGACUUCAACGGCAGCACCAGGCGGCGGCGGAGGAAGAAGCGGCGAGCAGCAGCAGAGAAGGGUCAGCAAAAGCGAUGGUAGCGGAUCAAAUUUCUCAGGCCGUUCAAUCCACCUCCAAUCUCCUCCACCUCAUGCAACAAUCCUCUCCUUCCCAGGCCCAGUUAAUAAAGCUUCCGAAGAACCUUUUGGCUAAAACCUCUACUAUUAAGAACACUGGGCUGGUGUUAGAGCAGAUGCCUCGGGUAAUAUCAUCUUUGGAUGCACAUAUGGAGAAUGGAUUGCAAAGUGUUCCUCAUCUAAAGACUGUAAUCCAGCUACUUGCAAAUAUUGAAAGCUGCCAGCUUAAGUCUUUGUCUAAAGCUCCACUCUCUCAAGAGGAACCAAAACUUGGAGACCAACCAUCAGAGGCUGCCUAAACAACAAAUCCAGUCUUUGUAGCCAUUUUGCUGUAGGCAUGGAGGCAGCUGGUUAAGACUAGAUAAUAUAUGGACUUGUGGUUGUUUUCAUAUUUCAUUCUUAUAUGUAGAAGUAUAGGCUCUUGUCUUUGUGUUGUUGAUGAGUUGACUUCAAUUGAUGCAAUAGUCUCAGUGUACAUAAAUUAAUAACAUUUAACUAGAAAAAUUAUAUCCAGUCUUGAUUCUUCAAAGCAUUUUCUCCA